CUUUUGUAGUGCGCCGGAAACUUGUGGCUGCAAUGAGAACUAUCAGAAAGGUCUCGAUAAUAAAUGUGCUCCAAUUUGUAAAGAGGGCUGCUUAAACGGCAUAUGCACGUCCCCAGGAAAAUGUGAAUGUCUCACUGGAUAUGAGCGAGAAAGUGAUUCGAGUUGUUCCCCUUACUGCAAAAAUGAAUGUCGCAACGGAUACUGAGUCUCCUGAUAUGUGUGCUUGCAAUAAUGGAUAUAGUAUGACAGAUGGGAAAACCUGUCAACCUAUUUGUGAUGGCGGAUGCGUGAAUGGAUUCUGUAGUGCUCCAGGAGAAUGUUCUUGCCUAGAUGGGUUCAACAAAGAAAGUAGGAACAGCUGUGCUCCAAUUUGUAAGGAUGACUGUAAGAACGGAUACUGCAGCGCGCCGGGAGAAUGUUCUUGCAACGAUGGGUAUAGAAAAGAAACUGAGAACAGCUGUACUCCGAUUUGUAAGGAUGAAUGCAUAAACGGAUUCUGUAGCGCACCGGAAAAAUGUUCUUGCAACGAUGGAUAUAGAAAAGAAAGUGAGAACAGCUGUGCUCCGAUUUGUAAGGAUGAAUGCAUAAACGGAUUCUGUAGCGCACCGGAAAAAUGUUCUUGCAACGAUGGAUAUAGAAAAGAAAGUGAGAACAGCUGUGCUCCAAUUUGUAAAGAUGACUGUAAGAACGGAUACUGCAGCGCGCCUGGAGAAUGUUCUUGCAACGAUGGAUAUAGAAAAGAAACUGAGAACAGCUGUACUCCGAUUUGUAAGGAUGAAUGCAUAAACGGAUUCUGUAGCGCACCAGGAGAAUGUUCUUGCAACGAUGGAUACGUGAAAGUAAGUGAAAACAGCUGUAAUCCGAUUUGUAAGGAUGAAUGUAUAAACGGAUUCUGUAGCGCACCGGAAGAAUGUUCUUGCAACGAUGGAUAUAGAAAAGAAAGUGAGAACAGCUGUACUCCGAUUUGUAAGGAUGAAUGCAUAAACGGAUUCUGUAGCGCACCAGGAGAAUGUUCUUGCAACGAUGGAUACGUGAAAGUAAGUGAAAACAGCUGUAAUCCGAUUUGUAAGGAUGAAUGUAUAAACGGAUUCUGUAGCGCACCGGAAGAAUGUUCUUGCAACGAUGGAUAUAGAAAAGAAAGUGAGAACAGCUGUACUCCGAUUUGUAAGGAUGAAUGCAUAAACGGAUUCUGUAGCGCACCAGGAGAAUGUUCUUGCAAGGAUGGAUAUAGAAAAGAAAGUGAGAACAGCUGUACUCCGAUUUGUAAGGAUGAAUGCAUAAACGGAUUCUGUAGCGCACCAGGAGAAUGUUCUUGCAACGAUGGAUACAUGAAAGUAAGUGAAAACAGCUGUAAUCCGAUUUGUAAGGAUGAAUGUAUAAACGGAUUUUGUAGCGCACCGGAAGAAUGUUCUUGCAACGAUGGAUAUAGAAAAGAAAGUGAUAACAGCUGUACUCCGAUUUGUAAGGAUGAAUGCAUAAACGGAUUCUGUAGUGCACCGGAAAAAUGUUCUUGCAACGAUGGAUAUAGAAAAGAAAGUGAGAACAGCUGUACUCCGAUUUGUAAGGUUGAAUGUAAGAACGGUUUCUGUAGCGCACCGGGAGAAUGUUCUUGCAACGAUGGAUACAAGAAGGAAAGUGAGAACAGCUGUACUCCGGUUUGUAAGGAUGAAUGUAUAAACGGAUUCUGUAGCGCACCGGAAGAAUGUUCUUGCAACGAUGGAUACAUGAAAGAAAGUGAAAACAGCUGUACUCCGAUUUGUAAGGAUGACUGUAAGAACGGAUUCUGUAGUGCACCGGAAAAAUGUUCUUGCAACGAUGGGUAUAAAAUAGAGGACGAUAGUUGUGCACCUAUAUGCGAAAAUGGUUGUAUCAAUGGUAUUUGCGAGUCCCCCAAUAAAUGUCAUUGUGACGAUGGAUAUAGUAACAUAGACGAAACAUGUGUUGCCCAAGUGACCGAGACCUUGACUAUGGGUUUGUAUACAACUGAAAGCCCAAACUACAUUCAAGUUACUGGAAAUAAUCUUACGGUUGAUUGCGCUGAGCGAUGUAGGAACGGAAGCUGUGUAAAUGACGAAUGCAUUUGUAAGACGGACUACAGAUUAACAGAAGAUGCUUUCAAUACAACCAACCUAUUUUGUCUUCCAAUCUGUGAAUGGGAAUGCAUUCAGGGAUAUUGCAUAUAUCCGAACGUGUGCGCCUGCAUCGAUGGACAGCUGUCGGAGUUUGAAGAUGGGUGCGUGUUUAAUGGAAAUACCGAGAAUGCUGGUCAAACACGCCACUUAAGAAUGAAGACUUUGCUGUUUGCUUUAAUUGGCACCUCUGUGUUGCUGAUGCUUGUUAUCUGCUCCGUGAUGUACACAUUUAGAAAAAGAGGUUACAGAGUGGGAGAGAAGGAAGAACGAUAUGGUGUACACUAUUUGUCCAAUCAAGCCGACAUAAUUCGAGCCUAAUUUCACAUCAAAAAUUUCAAUAAUAUAAAUUCCAAAAAGUUUUUAUUUACAUAUAGCUACAUGAUUUUUAAUUAAAGUUGAUCUAUUGUCAUUUAAUAUAAUUA